CACGGAGGGACUUCUCUGCAUUUCCAAGCAGAUUGCGACUUGCCUCUGUGUCCACGGAUGUCCUGUUUUCAAACUAUUUGAAGACUGCAUCAUCCUGCCUCCAGCACCAGCAGUUUCUCUGUUCUUGAUCAAUGUAAUUCAGAGGAACUUUUAAAGUAACAAACGAAAUGAGCCAGGGCCGUGGAAAAUAUGACUUUUAUAUUGGUCUGGGAUUGGCUAUGAGCUCUAGCAUUUUCAUUGGAGGGAGUUUCAUUUUGAAAAAAAAAGGCCUUCUGCGACUUGCCAGAAAAGGCUCCAUGAGAGCAGGUCAAGGUGGCCAUGCAUAUCUUAAAGAAUGGUUGUGGUGGGCUGGACUGCUAUCAAUGGGAGCUGGCGAGGUGGCCAACUUCGCUGCGUACGCCUUUGCCCCGGCCACCCUCGUGACCCCGCUAGGGGCGCUCAGCGUCCUGGUGAGUGCCAUUCUUUCUUCAUACUUUCUAAAUGAAAGACUUAACCUUCAUGGAAAAAUUGGAUGUUUGCUAAGUAUUCUGGGAUCUACAGUUAUGGUUAUUCAUGCUCCAAAAGAAGAGGAGAUUGAGACUUUAAAUGAAAUGUCUCACAAGCUAGGAGAUCCAGGUUUUGUGGUCUUUGCGACACUUGUGGUCAUUGUGUCCUUGAUAUUAAUCUUUGUGGUUGGACCUCGCCAUGGACAGACAAACAUUCUUGUGUAUAUCACAAUCUGCUCUGUAAUUGGAGCGUUUUCAGUCUCCUGUGUUAAGGGCCUGGGCAUUGCUAUCAAAGAGCUGCUUGCUGGAAAGCCUGUGCUGCGACAUCCCCUGGCCUGGAUUCUGCUGCUGAGCCUUAUAGUCUGUGUGAGCACACAGAUUAACUACCUGAACAGGGCCCUGGACAUAUUCAACACUUCCAUCGUGACUCCAAUAUAUUACGUAUUCUUUACAACGUCAGUUUUAACUUGCUCAGCUAUUCUUUUCAAGGAGUGGCAAGAUAUGCCUGUGGAUGAUGUCAUUGGUACUCUGAGUGGCUUCUUUACAAUCAUUGUGGGAAUAUUCUUGUUGCAUGCCUUUAAAGACGUCAGCUUUAGUCUCGCAAGUCUGCCUGUGUCUUUUCGGAAAGAUGAAAAAGCAAUGAAUGGCAGUCUCUGUAAUAUGUAUGAAGUUCUUAAUAAUGAUGAAGAGAGCUUCGCCUGUGGAAUUGAACAACACACUGCUGAAAAUAUCUCCCGAAGAAAUGGAAAUCUGACAGCUUUUUAAUAAGAAAGGUAUAAUUAAAAGGUUGAUCGAUAAUUGUGUUCUAAAGUGAAUUUGAGUAUCCGAAUGUGUCUGAAAAAGCAUUGUUCUCAAAUAAUGUUCUCUAGAGACAAUCUUUUUUAAGGUUUCACUAAUCUGGACCAAGAAAUUACUUUUCUUAUAUUUA